AUGGCCGACUCCGAAGUAAUACACGAGGCUCCGACAACAUCACCGAGCCCCGCCGUCUCGGACGGUGCCCCGGUCGGCGAUGGGGGGAUUGAGAAUGUGGCAGAGCCGCGACCAAAGAAGCGAGGAAGGGAUAGGCUACUUCGUGGUCUGCAACGCAUGCAGUCCUCCUCCUCCUUGAAUCGCCUCGGCCGUUCCAGGUCCGCAAGCAGUCCUUACAGCAGGUCCGGCAAUCUUUCCUGCAUCAGCCUGGCGUCCACCGCCUCCCCGUUUGGCCAGCCGAGCGCCGGCUCCUACUUCUCUCAGUCAUCCGCCGCCGGGAGCUCGAGCGCCCAUACGUCGAUUCCGGCCAGUCCGAUCGCCGAGUCGCCUGCUCAUGAGGGACUCGAGUCGGUGCUGGCCAUUCGACCAGUGGGCUGCACUACGCCCGCCCCAGUUACCGUUUCACUUCCGGCAACGAUCAAGAAGAAGGCAACCGCAUUCAAUCUCUGGGCGGACAUGCCCCGCGAGCUCAAGAUCCAUGUCCUCUCGUUCCUCGGGCCCAGAGAACUAGUGCGGGCUUCGCGAGUCUCUCACGAGUUUCACAAGAUGUGUUUCGACGGUCAGCUAUGGACCAGCCUCGAUGCCUCCGAGUUCUACAGGGAGAUACCGGCGGAAUCUCUGGCGAAUAUCAUCGUCUCGGCCGGGCCGUUCGUGAAGGACCUCAAUCUCAGGGGCUGCCUUCAGGUGGAGCACUACCAGCGGGCCGAAGUGAUGGUGAAGGCGUGUCGGAACCUGAUGAAUGCCACGCUGGAGGGAUGCCGAAAUUUCAAGCGGUCAGCCCUUCACACGCUCCUCAAAACCAACAACCGGCUCGCCCAUCUGAACCUCACCGGGUUAGACGCGGUGAACAACGCCACCUGCAAGAUCGUGGCCAACUCUUGCCCGCAGUUGGAAGUGUUCAACGUCUCAUGGUGUAAAAACAUGGACGCCCGGGGCAUCGGGUUCGUGGUCGACGCUUGCCCCAAACUCAAAGACCUUCGUGCCGGCGAGAUCAAAGGCUUCAGCACCCAAGUGGCCGAAGUCAUCUUUCGCACAAACACUCUCGAGCGCCUUGUCCUUGCCGGCUGCGAUCACUUAACCGACGCGGCUCUGCAAACCAUGCUCCACGGAUUUGAUCCGGAAAUCGACAUCCUCACUGAUCGUCCGCUGGUUCCGACCCGUAAGCUCCGCCAUCUCGACCUAACCCGCUGCACCGGUCUCACCGACCGCGGCGUCAAAACCCUCGGUUACAUGGUCCCCCAUCUCGAAGGCCUCCAGCUCUCGGGCAUCCCCGCCCUCACCGACGCCGCCCUCGAGCCCAUCCUCGCGUCCACCUCACGCCUGACGCACCUCGAACUCGAAGACCUGACCCGGCUCACCGAUGGCCUGCUCUCCCAGCACCUUGCCAAAGCCCCCUGUGCCGCCGGGCUCGAGCACCUCAGCGUAGGCUACUGCGAGCACCUGGGUGACGACGGCCUGAUCGCCGUCCUGCGCGCCUGCACGCGCCUGCGCAGCGUCUACAUGGACAACACGCGCGUCAGCGACGUGGUCCUGGCGGAGGCCGCACGCAUGGUGCGCAAACGCUCCAGCCGCCGACCGCCACCGACACCGACAACGACCCCCCGGCCGCCCGUCGUCAGCCUGAGCCUGGCCGUCUACGACUGCCCCAGCAUCAACUGGACCGGCGUCCGCGAGAUCCUGCACCGCAACACCACGGCCGCCGACACCACCGAACCCGAACCCGAACCCGAAGCCGACAAACCCACCACCACCGCAGAGAGCGGGGGCAGCACCGAGCCGGAGGCCGAGACCGACGAACCCCUCCUCGUCUCUCCCACCACCACCACCACCACCACCCCCAACCCGCCCAAACCAACCCCCAACCCCCGCCGCACCCUCCCCACCGAGAUCAUCGCCCUCAAAUGCUUCCACGGCUGGCAGAUGACGGUCGACGAGCACACGAAGCGGGUGCUGCGCGGCGACGGCGCCGCCGCGGCGCGCCUCGAGCGCAAGUGGGCCGACUACAUGCAGGCCAACGAGGAGGCCGGGGCUGGGGCCGGCGGCGGUGGCGGGCGCGGGCGGAGGAGACGUGCCCGCGAGGCGCUGGCUAUGCGCGAGCUGGUGUGGGGUGGUGAUGUCGCCGGUGGGGGUGGGGGUGGAGGUGGGGGUGGGGAGGUGAGUGUGGCGGGGGGGAGGAGGAGGGCAAGGACGACGGGGUGUGCUGUUAUGUGA